GAUUAGGACGUCCCAAAAGUGAGGAAAUUAACGUUUUGCAAGAGCUGUCGGAGGAGUUUGACGUUGAGCCAAUAAUAAUAAAUCGAGGUCCCUUCUUCGAGAAGGCCGCCUCAAAAAACGUAACCGCGCUGGUAGAUAAAACGUCUUAUUUAAACUGCAAAGUAAGAAAUUUAGGAAACAGAACGGUAUCGUGGAUAAGACAUCGAGAUCUACACUUACUGACAGUAGGCCGAAUGACUUACACGUCUGAUCAAAGGUUUACAAGUAUACACAAUCCACAAACAGAAGAGUGGACAUUACAAAUACGUUAUCCCCAACGAAGGGAUUCGGGUGUAUAUGAGUGUCAAGUAGGAACAACGCCACCCAUAGGGAUCCCAAUGCAUCUUUCCGUAGUAGAGCCUAUAACAACACUGCUAGGAGGUCCAGAAAUGUACAUCAAUAAGGGAAGCACAAUGAAUUUAACGUGUAUAGUUAAACACAGCCCUGAACCGCCACCUACUAUAUCAUGGACACAUAAUUCAGAA